UAUUGAUUGCAGGUUAACACACUGAGCAGCAGUAUUGAUUACCACCUUCUUUUAUGCCGGAAUCAGAACAGUAAUUCUUUUAUUACUGUCAUCUAAUUAGCAGCAAUAUGAAUCCAUUAAUAAUUAGAAAUGCAUUGCUGUCUCUGGGUACAUUCUAGGACUUUGCUUUUGAACAACCCAAAAUGGAGUAAUUUGCUGAAUUGUAGCUUCAUGCAGAGCUGCAGGUGAUCUACAGAAUGUGUGUUUGUGUCUCAGAGGAGGGCGGUUAAAGCAUGUGUGUUUCAGCAAAUACUGUCUGGUAGCAGCUGGGCAGGGCAGGACUCACGGGCCAAUGACAUCAUCCACGAAGAAGGAGAGACAGUCAAAAGCGCACAAGCAAUCUCUCCUCAGGCAGCAAGAGGAAGCUGGCCCGCUCAGAGCAGGAGGCGGAGAGCAGCAGCAGCAGCAGCAUGAGAGCAGGACAAUGUCUGAGAGGCGGAGGUGUACACAGCGCUGAGCUGACUUUGACAAGAAUAUAGGACGCGGUCUGGGAAUUGUUCUUUUGUUUUCCUCUCCUCUUUCAUCACUCCAUCCCUCCCCCUCCCCACUCCCCACUUCCCUUUCACCUCCAUCCUCUGAAAGUUAUCCCCUCUCUGAGCUCCUGCUUCAGGCGGCUCCUCCGGGCAUGCUCCUUAAGCCAAAGUAUGACCGCUUUCGCAACGAGUCUGUAACCUCCUCUGACGACCUGAUGCAGAGCUUAACCAUGAGCAGCAAAGUCGUGGCCACACCGGGGGUCUCCUCCUCCGCACAGAGUCUCCCCCUGCCUCCUUUGCCUCCUCUGGAUCCCAGCGCCAGGUCCUCCUCCUCCUCGGUUGGGGCAGCAGCCCUGGCAGACUCCCCCUGCCUGGAUGGGGAGCAGGAGGCCACCACAACCUUCUGCAUGCUCAUCCCCAAGAUGCCUCAGUGGAAGUUCUCCAACUCCUUGCUCAGCAGAAGCCCAUCAAGCUCUAGCAAGGACUCAACCAAGACAGCUUCUUCCCAGGCCUCAUCUUCAUCAACAUCAAACAGGACCAGUGGGGCGAGCUCGGCCAGCGGCCCCGUGGCCAGCCUUGCGGCCGUACUUAACUCCUGUGACCCUGUCUGUGUCACCCCCUGUUCUCUGCAGGCCAUCCGAGGGCAGCGGGGGGUAACGCAUGCUGCAGCCUCUGGAGGUCCGGCAGGACAUGGAUUUGGGGUCGCAACAGAGGUCAUGGUGAGCCCUGGUGUCUCCAGCAGCUCCAGGUCAGGAAUGAACCGCAGGACAAGGGUGGAGGGCAUGUGGCUGGGGGGAGAUGAGCUCCACACCAAGGGCAGCUUCAUUCACAAGCCCUCUCAGGGUUGGCUGCACCCAGACAAGAAAAUUGUGGGACAAGGAGCUUCUUACAUUGUUAGGUAUAUGGGUUGCAUUGAAGUGCUGAAGUCGAUGCGUUCCCUGGACUUCAACACACGGACUCAGGUGACAAGGGAAGCCAUCAACAGGCUUUGUGAGGCAGUGCCUGGUGGAAAGGGGGCUUGGAGGAAGAAGACUCCAAACAAAGCUCUACAGUCAGUCAUGGGAAAGAGUAACCUGCGAUUUGCGGGCAUGAACAUUGCUGUCAACAUUUCUGUAGAUGGCCUUGGACUUCUCGUCCCAACUACACGACAGGUGAUUGCACACCAUCCCAUGCAGUCCAUCUCAUUUGCCUCUGGAGGAGACACAGACACGCCAGACUAUGUUGCAUAUGUAGCCAAAGAUCCAGUAAAUCAAAGGGCAUGUCACAUCCUGGAGUGUUCGGAUGGCUUAGCCCAGAGUGUCAUCAGUACCAUUGGCCAGGCUUUUGAGCUGCAGUUCAAACAGUAUCUACACAGCCCUCCUAAAACCAUGUCUUCUGUUGAGAGGCCUGCCAGGACAGAGGAGCCGGUGUGGGGUGAGGACGAAGAUGCAUCAGAGCAUGAUUACUACAACAGCAUUCCUGGGAAGGAGCCUCCUGUUGGGGGAGUCGUGGACUCUAGGCUGAGGCCCACUGGGGCCCUGCUGGGUCACAUCCACACCCAGCCACAGAGCAAGACAGCAACUCAGAUGGGCUCUCAGGCCAGGAGAGAGCAGGGAUCUUAUCCACUCGGUCAACUCUGUUAUGAGCUUCAUUGGGACACUGAGACCACCUGUGGCUCAGAUGGUUACUUGUGUGCUGAUGGUCAGCCACCAGGCAGCAAGGACUAUGAAGAGCACCAAUACGUAAACACACAAAGUCUGGAAAACCUUGAAUCUUUUACACAUGGAGCAGAUGGACAUAAAGGGGCUAGACCACAUGAUAGUCCCAAAAAGGACCUCUUUGAUAUGAGGCCCUUUGAGGAUGCCCUAAAGCUCCAUGAGGCAUGUGGAGGAGCUGCUGGCUCCGGUGUAUUAGUGGGUUCUGGUUCUCAGGUUGGAGGUGUUCGAAACAUUGAGGAUCAGUGGCCCAGCCCGCCUAGACGCAGAGCCCCCGUGGCCCCAAACGAGGAGCAGCUACGCCGGGAAACGUGGUACCACAGUCGCAUGAGCCGGAGAGACGCAGAGAAACUCCUGGUUCGAGAUGGGGACUUCCUGGUCCGUGAGAGCACCACCAACCCAGGGCAGUACGUGCUAACAGGCAUGCACUGUGGCCUGCCCAAACACCUGCUGCUAGUGGACCCGGAAGGCGUAGUCCGAACUAAAGACAUGUUGUUUGAGAGUAUAAGCCAUCUUAUAACGUACCACUUGAAGAACGAGCUGCCAAUUGUUGCAGCAGAAAGUGAGCUUCAUCUUAAACAAGCUGUCCGCAGGAAACAAUGAACCACCCGGGUUGUUGUGAGAUGCUGAAUUUGUCUGGACUUGGGCAACAUUUGGCCUAAAAACUGAACAGAUGAUUUUUUUCAUCCUGAAAGAAUACAUACUUUUUUUUUUGCCUUGAACAUACUUCCCAUGAAAGUGCAGGAUCAAGUCAAGCUCCUUCUUUCCUCUGGCUGUCAGCAGCCAGAAUCCAGAAUGCCACAUCAUGAAAAAUCUAACAAGUGCUUCCAGUAAUCCACGACCACAUUGUUACCGGCCAUUCUUUCUGCCAACAAUGAACAUGACCAGAGGAAAAACUGAAACCGAUUAUCUGUCACAGAUAUCAACUCAAAACAUGUCAGCCUUCAGAUUGAGAAGCAAAUUUCUUCAAAUAUGCAGGAAAUGACUGCAGGUUUGUGUGUCUGAGAGGCAACAGAAGGCCGUCUCUCUCUUCGGGAUGCAAAGACUUACUAUUUCUACAUCGGUCUCCAGUAUCUGAGAAGGCACAAAGGAGAAACACUGAUGACGGUGUUCGAUGUAUGAGCUGCACACGCUUUUGUACUUUAUAUUUUGCCACAGUAUCAGCAAAACAUGAAGCUUUUCCACAUUUUCGUCAAUUAACGUAUGUGGUCUUGUUUGCUGUUUGUAAGGAGUUGAUCGCAGUGCAAUGAACUUACACAAGCCUGUGACCGGGCAGACUUUCCUCUGCGAUGAAUCCUCUAUCCUGAAUCAAAGCUAAUGUCUUCAUUUCUAACUAACUGUGCAGGUACAUCUCAAUGAAUUGGAAUAUCAGAAAUAAUUCAAGUCUUUAAUACAAUUAAGAGUGAAAUUUAUAUAUUCCAUAGAUACAUCAUCAUCACACAGUGACAUCUCCUAAGUAUUUAUUUAUGUUAAUCUUAUUGAUUAUGUUACGUCUACUUAAGUCCCAAAAAUAUGCUUCCUAGAAAAACAAUCUAAAUAUUGCCAAUUUUUAAAAAAAGAAUAAACUACAACCAAGAAAUGUUAUAUUGCGACCAUGUUGUGCCCUCUAGAAUGAUGGGAUAGGUGAGAACACUGACAUGACCAGCAGAAGAAUAAGUCACAAAAAGUCACUGCUAAAGAAGCUGGCUGUUCAUAAAGUGCCGUAUCCAAGCACAUUAUUGGAGACUUCAGUGAAGGUAACACACAGGUGAAUCACAGGACGGUGAAUAUGACUCGUAUUCAACUGGCUCCUGCAACAGUGACAUACGAAGGGUCAUACUAAAGAGGAAAGGCACUGGACUGUCGGCUCAGUGGUCCAAAGUCAUCAUUUUAGAUGAAAGUAAAUUGUUAUUUUCAUUUGAAAAUGUAGGCUCCAGAGUCUGGAGGAAGAGUAAAGAGACACAGCCAUCAGCUGGUGUUGCUCCACUGUGUUUUUUCAAGUUCAAAAUCAACGCAGCCGUCCGCCUAGCAAGGAAUUUUAGUCUCCCCUCCACUUAUAAAGUGUAAAGAAAUGCUGAUUUCAUUUUUCAGGAGAAUUUGGCAACUGCGUACAAAAGUACCAAUACCUGCUUUAGUGACCGUGGUAACACUUGGCUUAUUUGGGCAGACAACUCUCCUUACCUGAACCUCAGAGAAAGGUUCAAGUCAGGAGUCUCACUUUUUGAAUUGAAUAACUAAAUUAAAGUUUUAAUUCCAUUACUUGUUGAGAGGUACCUGCAUGUAUUUUUCCCAGUGCCUUAAUAACUACACUGGCAGGCAUUUGUCUCAGUGUACAUAAUGUGCAGUUCUGCACUCAUUGCAAAAAGACUACAUUUUCUUCUCAUGCCAAUGAAAAGAUAAACAAAGUUCAGGAUAAUUAAGCUGUUAUAUUUGUAAACAGUGAUGUAAGCUGCUCCCGUUUUCUGCUAGAUAAUCACAGCUGAUUUUAUUAUUAAGCUUUUUUGUGAGAUCCUCAGAAAAGAUGUCCUUUCCUUUCACCGAUUGCUUUUCUCUGCAGUGAUUGGACGUAAAAUAGUGAUGAGGAUGUGCAAUCCCUCCGUUUGUCCCGGCUCAGGAAAAUUUGGUACUUUAAUGAUCAUGUCUGUGUCCACGUCUUUGUAUUUAAGCUAAACAGGUUUGUGUUGUUUCUUCAGAGCACACCAGGAAGUGGCUCAUUACAUCUGUGUCACUGUAGUACUUUUUGGAGUUGUUUUUUUUUUCUUUUUUUCUGUGUACCAAGGACAAGUAAAUUACAUAAAUCUUUUGAUGAGAUCAGUAUGUGAAUGUUUGUUAAUGCUUUUUCCUCCCUUUUGCGUUCUCAGGAAUUUCUCAAAAAAAAAAAAAAUCCCUUCUUCACUAUUAUGUUUAGUCAAUAAAAUAAAUUAUGAAAGGGUACAGAUAAAAUAGUGUGUUUUUAAUCGUGACUCCUUAACUUUCUUCUUUGACGGA